GUCUACAAUUCCGAUUCCCCAUGUCGGCACAACAGGUCGAGAACUCAUCUCGCAGCACCAACAGCUUUCCAGGCUCUAUUCCGUCUACGUCGGAACAGCGAUGGUGCUCACCUGUUUUGCCCGGGAAGCCGCCCGGGUGCCCGGACUGACCCCCUGGACGCAAACCGGGCACGUGCAGUUCUACAACUUCCUGCUCGAGCAAAUGAGG